GGGACUGAAGGAAGAGGCUGGGGUCUGGCUCCUGGGUCUGAGGGAAGAGACUGGGGUCAUCUGGCUCCUGGGUCUGAGGGAAGAGGCUGGGGUCUGUGUUCCUGGGUCUCAGGGAGGAGGCUGGGGUCAUCUGGCUCCUGGGUACAAAGAAGGAGCCCUGGGCCUCAGACAUUCUGUGUAAGAACUGAAUUGUGUAGUCCAACCUAUUUGAAUGUCAAGGUUCAAGGGGUGUUGGGGGGUCUGAGUCUUUCUUUAAUCACCGGGAAACCAGCUGUGUGACAGAGGAGUCUACAGGUGGAAGUCUCCCAGCUGGCCCCAGGCCACUCACCCUCAGCAGCCCCUGCUCAGCACUCAGAUGCUGUGCUCAACUGCCGGCCUCCCUGAUGCAAUCAUAAAGCUUCUUUCACCAGAGACGGUCCAGCACUGGUGCUCCCCAGAUGCCCUGGGGGAUGGGUGGGGUCAGUCUCUUUCCCACCGAGCCAGGAUCUGUGAGGGCGAAGAGCUGGAUGAUUUCUUGCAGCCAAAGGCAUGCUGGGGCAAAUCCCUGGGUUUGAAGGAAGAAGCCUGAGCAUGGGCCCUUGGGACUGAGGGAGUGUCUAAGGGAGAAAGGAGGCUGGGCAAUGGACCUUCAGGUCUGAGGCCGGCCUGAGCUUCGAUAGCCUGGAGAAAUGAUCUAAUCUUGGACCAGCCAAGUGGAAUUCCUGAGUCUUUGUAAGGUGUCAAUGCUCAGGUAAGGCGAGGCUGUAGGGCCGACUCUGCAUAAUUAAAGGCUCAGGACACCAGGAGAGCUAAGGCCUUUGUCCCCAGCCACGCCACCUGCUUGCCCAGAAAGUUAGACAACCCAGUCCACCUCUUCCUAGUCAGAAAAAGUUACAUGCUCCAUUUGCCAGUCUAGAAAGUAACAGCUUGGACUCCAGGCUUUAGGAUCGCUCCGAAGAGGGGAUUUGGGGCGAAGACUGGCUGAUGUGUACCCGACUACAGGCAGAGAGGCUGGUGCUUGGGUUGUGGCAGCUGGCAAACAGGUUCUCCAUCCUCCUGGGAGGGUGCAGCUGGAGUGGUUGGAGGAGGUGGCGGGUGUCCAGACCUUGCUCCACUGGGACGUGCCUACUCGCAGAGUACCCAGGUAAGGGGAGCAGACGCUAAGUCUCGGCACCGGAGAAGGAAAGGCGCGUGGGGCCGGAGUUCCCGGGUUCAGCCUUGCAGCCGGGCGCUACUCCCCGGGUCCAUGCCGAGGGGGUGGCAACUUCUGGGGACCAAUUGGGCUGCCCUUCGUGGCGUCAGGGAUCGGAGAGGAAGGGGCAAGGGGCGCGGCGCCCAUGCACCUGGGCGGAGGACAGGGCGUUGUGCCUCCCGCACCUGAGCGAUCGAUCGGUGAGGCGCCCAGGAGAACGCGGCUCCGCCUCCUGCUACCUGCCGGGCCGGAGGGCGGAGGCUGCGCACCUUCCAACCGUGCCUUUCUCUCUCUCUUUCUCUGUCUCCCAACGGGUCUCCAAGCCCUCAGCCUUCUCAGUCAGUUGCAGGAAGGAAGCCUAGAGGGGAGGGCUACGGAGCCGGGGCUCCUGACCUCCAAGCGCGGCUGAUGAAGGCUCUAUUUUGGGACUGGAAGCUCAGACUAAAAGAAUCCGUUUGUACCACCAGCAAGGAGCUCAGGUUAGUCCGCACUGGGCAUGCCAGAGCCCUGGGGAUGAGGAGGGUACCUAGGCCACUCUAACCCUAUCCCAGUCUUCCUCAAAACCUGGAUUCCAAUCCCUACCUUCCGCUAAGAAUCUCUUCCUCCUGCCACAACAAGGCUCUUGACUCAGGAAACUAAACCAGUUCAUAGUUCCAGGGUUCAAAGGCUCCUACUGGGCUGCUUGCAGUAGGCUUUUCGGCUGCCUUGGAUUCACCCGAGCUUUUGUGUUUACCAAACCUGACAGACUUGGGUUGAAUCGUUUCUCUAGUAUGUAACUAACUGGUCCUUAUGUGGGAUAAAUUUAUCUAUUCCUAUCUCACAGGGAAAGUUAUACGACAUCCAGGGGCUUGCUUUCGCAAUUUUAAAAUCCUCCUCCUUACCUGGGCUCCCCCUGGCCUGUGGAGGUCGAAUGUGCCCCUUCCACAUAGGAGCACCCGAGAAAGUAGUUGAGAUGUGAUGUUCCCAGCAGGCAACAUUCACAUGUCUCCUGACCCCAUCCCUAGAGAUGUAAAGCUUUACCACCCUGGAUUAAAUGGCUCUCAACUUCUGACCCGGGAGUUGCUCACUUUAGCUCCCAGAGCCAGAGGAGUCCCAGACUCUGCAGCUCCCACUGUGUGCCUUCUAAUCCACCUUUCCUUCUUACAGCCAUGUGGACCCCCAGCCGGAGGCAGCUCUGCCUGGCCUUCUUGCUGGUCUGUGUGCUCUCCACCGGCUCCUUCUUUUUCCACCUGCAUGGAGGAAACUUCUUUCGAAAUGAGCUAACUCUCUCUCUCCUGUGUCCAGACUACCAGCUGCUGAAGUCCCAGGUGGCCAUGGUAUGCCUGCCCCACCCAUUGCAGACAGUCAAUGCCUCCCCUUCCUGUCCCGGACAGUUCUCCUCUCUCUCUGGGACUUGGACCAUCUCCCCAGGAGGCAGGUUCGGUAACCAGAUGGGGCAGUAUGCCACACUCCUGGCCCUGGCACAGCUCAAUGGCCGCCAAGCUUUCAUCCAUCCCGAGAUGCAUGCCACUCUGGCCCCUGUGUUCCGCAUCUCCCUGCCCGUGCUGGACCCUGAGGUGGACAGCCUCACGCCUUGGCAGCAUUUAGUCUUACAUGACUGGAUGUCAGAGGAGUACUCCCACCUGGAGGACCCCUUUCUCAAGCUGUCCGGUUUCCCUUGCUCUUGGACCUUUUUCCACCACCUCCGGGAACAGAUCCGCAGGGAGUUCACCCUGCAUGACCACCUUCGGGAAGGUGCCCAGCACCUGUUGAGUGGGCUCCGUCUAGGCCCCUCGGGCAUCCGCCCUCACACCUUUGUGGGUGUCCAUGUGCGUCGUGGGGACUAUCUGGAAGUGAUGCCCAAUCGUUGGAAAGGUGUGGUGGGUGAUCAAGCUUACCUCCAGAAAGCCAUGGACUGGUUCCGGGCCCGACACAAAGACCCCAUCUUUGUGGUCACCAGUAACGGCAUGAAAUGGUGUUUGGAGAAUAUUGAUGCGUCCCGCGGGGACGUAGUCUUCGCUGGCAAUGGACAAGAGAGUACGCCGGGGAAAGAUUUUGCACUGCUUACACAAUGCAACCACACCAUCAUGACGAUUGGUACCUUUGGCUUCUGGGCCGCCUACUUAGCUGGUGGAGACACUGUCUACCUUGCCAACUUCACCCUGCCAGACUCGGAAUUUCUGAAGAUCUUCAGGCCUAAGGCUGCCUUCCUUCCCGAGUGGGUGGGCAUUAACGCAGACCUGUCCCCACUUCAGGCUCAGGUUGACCCUUGGGAGCUAGACAGUCUUUUAAGAUUGGUUUGAACCAUCUAGAGUCAUCCAUUUGUAUCUCUAGAGACCCGUGGCUUUUGGGAUGUGUCUGUGGUAGUGCGGGAGCUGGUGAGCGCUCAUUUCCAGACCUUCUACAACAGAACAUCGUCGUCUGAUGGCCAGAGAAGUCCAAGUUAGCCCUGUGAGGCACAGUCCUCUCCUCACCCACCCAGCUCACCCUCGUAGAACUUCUGGAUUAUGGGAGAGAAGAAACUCCUGACUCACGAGCUGGCCUCCUGGGUUCCUGGAGCCAUCCUAAGGGGCUUGGUGGCUGUUUGUGAGAGCCUGGUCCUGCGCGUGCGUGCGUGCGUGCGUGCGUGCGUGCGAGCGUGCGUGCGUGCGAGCGUCGUGCGCAGCACACUGCACUGCAGGGUGGGUCCCGCCAGCACUGUAGAAAGUGGAAAGUGUAAUGAAGGUGCAUGCAAACACCGUGCCACUCCCCUGCUGCAAACACGGAGAGAUGAGAGAGAUCCUUUAAAGAGCUAGCGCCAGGUCAGAAAGAUGAGGACCUGACCAGGCCUGAGUUCUGCCCAACUCCUCGGCCCCAGAGAAACCUCACAGACUUAUUUAGGGUGGGGAGAGUGAAUGGGCUAAACUAAUGGGAGAGAGGAGAGGAAGGGACUGCUGAGGGGCUGCACUUGCCGGAGCAGGGUCUCCUAAAAAUCCAGGGACUUUUUUAAAAAGAGCGGAAAAUUUAAAGAAAUAGAUUAGCCCUGAAUUUAGGAUCAAGGAGAUUUCUUCUCUGACGCUACAGGUCCCCUGGGGUCUUUUUUCUGGAAGUGACCAGGCUUAUAGAAAACAAGGGUGUUUGAUAUCCUCCCUAUGCUAAUUCCCUCCCGGGUUCCACCCUCCUAAAUGCUUAAGGGAAGUUCCUUGUCUGUGUAUCCUGCAUAAUGGGCUUUAACAGCUUAGAUGCAAGAUUGUAAAACAUUGUAGCAAACUUCUGCCCUCCGGGUUCUCCCAUUGUGCUGUAAGCCUGUAUUUAAGACCUCCUCCCUCCUUCAAUAAAUGGCAUUCGGCAUUAAAUAAAUAAAUAAAUAAAAAUAAAAAAAAACAAGGGUGUGCCCCUGGGCUCACAAAGCCACUAAAUCCGGCUUUGAGAAGGCCCAGGGUGAAGGGUCUGAAGGUGUUCCAGACCCCUGAAGCCAGCUUAAGGCCCAGCAGGAGCACAGGCUCGGAGCAAGAAGGAUGGAUGUUUGACUGAGCUGUCCGGUAUCCUUGAUGCUUUUUCAAGAGUGAAGUUUCCUCAGAUAGUGUUUAAUCUAAUCUCAGGGAGUUUCUGGGUACCUUUCCCCAACUCGGCCUGUACAGGCUAGAGAGAGGUCGCUGUGAAUUAAAGAGCCACAUCAGCAA